AUGUCUACAGUGGUCUCAUUUUUCAGAUCUUCAAUCAAGCACAUUUGGGUCAUGAAUACCAUACUGGGAGGUAGCCACGGGCAUGCUGAUCAUUCUGGUGGUCUCAGAUCCGUUCUAAAUGCAUGCAUGGAUGAGGUAGAGCAAGGAAGAGUUUGGAAGUCAAACUCGUUUGAUGAAGUUCAAAUCAAAAACGCCGUGGCACUAAGUCGACGCCGUAGACUUCCCGGCCACCGUAACAUUCAUCUACUCGAGUCGAGCGACGAUGACUCUUCCUCUCUGCUUCCCCUUGUGGUGUUGGGUAAGAAAUGGCAGGCUGUGGGGCCCUUUUCCAGUGGGAUGAGAGAGCAUCCCUUCGCUUAUUCGCCUUUGUCCGCUUCCAUCGGUGAUGAUGAUGAUGACGCAGAUAUAGCGUUUGCUCGUUUACCCUACGACUUCCAUCAGACAUGGCCUUCCGAGAUGGGGGUUGGAGGAAGAGUAGGAUGGACCGAAUUUCAAUCUGAUUCUCAGGGUUGGGUGGCGGUAAAAUAUCCCCAUAUCGAGUGGAAACAGCUAAGAGCGGAUCAUGGUUGGGCAGCACUUCAAUUCCAAUCGUUCCUUCGAACUUCACUUUCCAUUCCUUCUCUCAAUAAUUGCUCUGAAACUCCUCUCUUGAUCGAUUUAAUACAAGGUACAGAGUUCGCUUUGAUCGACAUUCAGGAACCUACGACUCCGACUGUAUGGUACGCUGGAGACGUAUACGAUUUCGGGGGUACCUCGGCCGGUAGACGUGGCAAGGGAGAUGAAGAACUAUCCCACUUCGCCCGAUCGCUAGCUGUCAAACCAGGACAAUAUACUCUACUGGUCAGGGUCAUGUAUGAAAUUCGUAUGUUUGGAGAUCCUCAUAACUUUCCGCCGGUCAUACGACUUCGAGUGAGAGUGAAAGUCGACGAUGGCAAGGUGGAAUUGGGGAAGGGGCAAAAUAUAAUGCCCGAUUUGGUGGAUGGGUGGUUUAUGGGGAGUUGGAUGUCGAUACCUCUUCGUAUUCCAGAAGGCUGUGACGAUGUCUCUGUGAUAGCCACGGAUACUGCAACCCACCAGAUUGACCUCGAGAUGAGUCGUAUUGUCACUGUUCGCUCUGGCCAAACGAGACCGGUAUCAAUCAAGAUCUACCAACAUGGACCAAUCGAGAAGUCGUUACUAGCACUAAAGCUAAUCUUCAUCUUGAAGUCCGAAGGGCCUGAUCGUACCGAGUCAAUGUCGAUUCCUCUGAAGCAUCAUACUUUGACGCAACCAGGGCCAUUCAAGAUGACACACGCAAUAUCGGAUGGUCACAUGCCCGCUCUCGUAUCAUAUGCGAUGGUAGUGCCUCCACCAUUUAUCAACCCAACCACACUCCAACCUCCCCCCGUGAUCCUCGCUCUGCAUGGCGCCGGUGUGGAGGCCUCCAGCCCGUCCUGGACGAAAGCUAUGCCUAGACGACAAGAUACUUGGGCGAUACUUCCCACCGGUAAGACGGAAUGGGGAGAAGAUUGGCAUGGUGGUAGUAUGACCGAUUCUUGGAGCGCCAGAGAUUCCUUACAAGAAAACUUGACUAAAAUCGGAGUAAAAGUAUCCGAUCAGACCAUACUGCUAGGACAUUCGAAUGGAGGUCAAGGUGCUUGGCAUCUGGCAGCUCGAUAUCCUGAUCGUGUGAUCGGAGUCAUUCCGGCUGCUGGAUAUCUGAAAAUUCAAGAUUAUGUUCCCUACCUUCAUCUAACAUCAAAUCACUAUGCCGAUCCGGCCUUGAUGGGCAUUUUGAUGUCGGCACUCACACCUUACAACAACGAUUUGUACGCCUCAAAUCUCAGUAAUAUCCCGAUUUUGGCCAUACAUGGAUCGCAAGACGACAACGUUCCUCCACGACAUAGUCGCGAACACGUCGCGCUCAUCUCUGCCUGGGAGGGUAAGAAUGACAUCAAGUUGUUGGAGGUACCAGGAAGAGGACAUUGGUGGAACGAGAUAUUCGCCCUUCCUGAAGUUGGGCAAUUUCUCGAUACACUGCGACCACGGAAGGCGGAUGAGGAACGGAAAGAAGGGUUCACGUUGACAACUGCCAACCCUGAUGAGACCGGGUCAAGGGCAGGCAUACGAAUAGUGGAGCUACAGACCCCGGGCAGAUUGGCUAGGCUUGAUGUUAACGCCCGACAGUGGAGGAAUGGAUCACGAAUACCGGAGCUCGAUUUGAGAAGCACCAAUGUGAAGCGGAUAGAAAUUACUUCGGGUCGAGGUGCAGGGGUAUUCGUGAAGUCAAAGCAAACGUGGGAGGAAGAAAUGUCACCCUAUCAGCCUCGAGCGUAUGGACCGAUGAUUCGUCUACUAGCUUCGACGGCUCCCAUUGCUUUUGUCAUCGGACGUGACGUUCAGCAUUUGAACAUCGCCAAGAGAUUAGCGCAUGAUCUGUAUGUGUACCAGAGGCAAGAUUCGGAGAUCUUAUCGGAUGGAGAUGCUUUACUACGAAUAGCGCAAGACGAGUUGCUUGGGAGUAUUGUUUCGAUCGGUCGACCAGAAGAUAAUCGUCUGACGGAUUAUCUGCUCAAACAAUGUAAGAUCCCACUGGCUUUCCCAACGAAAUCAGUCAUGACCUUGAAUGACGAACUUGUCUAUGAAGCAGGAGCAGGGAUUAUCACGUUACAUCCUCAUCCCACUCACCGACGAGCGUUGGCGUGUAUCAUAGCUGGGAACGAUGCGUUGGGAUUGGAGUUGGCGGCGAGACUUUUCCCCAUCCGCACUGGCGUUCCUAUACCAGAUUGGGUCAUCAUUGGAAGACAAGCUACUUGGAAAGCCGCCGGUGGAUUCAUCGGUGCGGGGUUCUGGGGUGCCGAAUGGGGAUGGAAUGAGGCCAUGUCAUGGAUGGACCGGUAG